CAGCACACAUUCAAAGACGUGAGUGAUUCCUCUUUUCUUUAUUUCUUCUCUUUUAUCCUUUCAAAACUCGACAAACAACGUUUGCAAUGCUCACUGCGGCAGUAGUUGGAUCGGUUACAGGCCUCUCGUUUCCUUCUCAGCUCUUCGGCAGCGAUGGCUCUUCUAAUCCUACAAUACCCACUUCCAUAAACCCCUCGCUGUUUCCUAACUUCUUCAGAAAUUCUCUCUCCAAAAGACCCUCUUUCGCUCUUAGAGUUUCCGUCCCUAGCGGACCCAAAACCGAAGGCGUCGAGCAAGCCCAAGAUUCUCCUGCUACGGCUGACACCAUUCGACAAGCUCGGAGGUCUGCUGAUUGGAAGGCUGCAAGAGCUUAUAAAGAAGGUGGAUUCAUUUACGAGGGUAGGAUUGAAGGCUUUAAUGGUGGAGGACUGCUGGUGCGAUUUUAUUCACUUCUGGGCUUUGUACCCUAUCCACAGUUGACUCCCUCUCAUUCUUGUAAAGAACCAGAAAAGAACAUUCAAGUGAUAGCAAAAGGUUUAGUUGGUUUGCGUAUUUCUGUAAAGAUAAUUCAAGCAGAUGAGGAGAACAGAAAGUUGAUCUUCUCGGAGAAGGAAGCCUUAUGGUCAAAGUUUUCUCCCAAAGUAAAAGUAGGGGAUAUUUUUGAGGGAAGGGUGGGUUCUAUUGAAGAUUAUGGUGCCUUCGUUCACCUUCUCUUCCGUGAUGGUUAUUAUCAUCUCACUGGACUUGUGCAUGUGUCAGAGGUUUCAUGGGAUUUGGUUCAAGAUGUGAGAGAUAUCAUAAAUGCAGGUGAUAACAUAAAAGUCAAAGUUAUCCAAAUAGAUAGAGAAAAGUCGAGAGUUACUUUAUCAAUCAAGCAGUUGGAGGAUGAUCCUCUAUUAGAGACAUUGGAUAAAGUAAUUCCUCAGGAUGGUCAAUUUGGGUCUGAGAAUUCAGGCAUUCCUGGCAAUUUGAAUAUUGAACCUUUACCUGGACUUGAUAUUAUCUGUAAAGAGCUACUUCAAGAAGAUGGCAUAACGGAUGUCAGAAUCAGUCGGCAAGGGUUUGAGAGACGGGUGGUUUCACAAGACUUGCAGCUUUGGCUUUCAAAUGCACCAGCUGUGAACAAACAGUUCACUCUUCUUGCUCGAGCUGGCAGACAGGUUCAGGAAAUACACCUGACAACUUCGCUUGAUCAGGAAGGCAUAAAAAAAGCAUUGCAGAGGGUACUGGAACGUGUCCCAUGAACAUGUGUAGUUCCACAGAAGGACUAAUCAUUCUGCUUUGAUCGUUAUCGAAGGCAGGCAGAAUAUCUCCAUGUCUUUUCCAUGUAGAGGUUACUGUACAGAGAAUGAGUGAGACCUAGAACCAGAAGUCCCUUAAUUUGUAUACUGCAUCAGGUCACUUCAAUCCAAUGUGAUUAAAUUUGUAGGAAGGGAAAUGUUUUGUUGGCUUUUGUGUUAAAGAUAUCUGAAAUUUUUUCUCAUGUGAGGGUAGAUGGGAAUGGUUUUUCUUUCGAGCUAAA